GUUUUUUUUUUUUUCAUUUCUCUCUUACUCUGAGUUUCUUACAUAAUGGACAAAACUUUUGAGAUUCCUGACAGUUCUUCAGAAAGCUCAUUAGAACUUCCUUUAUCACCAGCUCAACAACAACUAGUAGAUCAACUUUCUUUACAUAAAGAUAAACCUAAUGGUCAAUCUACUACUCCAACCACACGUCAUAGUAUUGAAGUCAAAGCCAACUAUGUCAAUUUACUUUUAACAGCAUACGGAUACCCAGUACCUCUUAUCUUUGAUAGUAAGGACGAGAAUGAUAUUAUGAAGGUGUUAGAUUGUUUUCAAAUGGUGUUACAAGAUAUCAAGAAACAUCAAGAUGAACGUGAUGAGAUGAACGAAACUAUAGUGACAUUACAAAACGAACAAGAUCAAACUCAAACCAAUCUGAAUCGUUGUUUGGCUGACCUUGACAAAAAGGAACAAGAAAUUGCUCAAGCGAAGAUCAAAGCAAAAUCUGCCGAUGAACAAUGGAAAAAAUCACUUGAAACCAACCGUCAUAUCAAAGAAGAACUGUCAAAGUGUAAAAACAAUAUGCAAUAUAUGAAAUUACAAUAUGCGCAUGAAACUCGACGACAUGAGCAGGAUCAUGCAAAGACAAGGGAACGAUUAAUGAAAUUGAUGAAGGAGAAACUCAAAACAAAUGUAGUAUCAGUGACAAUCAACAAUGCUUUACCUAUUUCUGAAAUAGACGCAGAACCUAAAGUAACUCCGUUACAAAAUGAACGUGCCAUGAACAAAGACUUGUUGCAAAAAUGUACUGAUCGAGAAAGAGAAGCAAGGAUGGAAAGUGAAGAUUUACGCACAGCAUUGAUCAAAAUAUAUACCACUAUACGACGAUUAAUUGAAACUCAAGUAGAAACAUUUGAAGACACUGUUGGAACACAAAAGUUACGGAAGGAAACAGCUCAAAAUAUUGAAAAGUUAAAAUUACCUAUGGAUUUUGGUGCAUCGAUGGCUAUGGAACAAGUAAAUAUAUUAUUAGACAAAUUACAAGAAGAAUGGAAUCGUCAAAUUGUGGAUAGGAAUGUUUAUACGCAAGAAGAAAUGGAUGAAAAAGAUCUGACCACACAGCAAUGGCAAUCGGAGGUGACCGAAUUAGAAGAAACAUUAGGCAGGUUGCAACAGGAACAUGAACAGAAAGAGCAAGUCUAUCUCCGAUUCGUGAAUGGUGGAUUCUUUGAUGAAAUAGCAAAAGAACAAACUCUUGAACUAUCAGAUUCUGAAAGCUCAGUUUUAGAAGACGAUCCACAAAAUUUAGCACAUUAUCACCAACUUCAUCAAAAUGCAAAAAAAGAACGAGAAAGGGUGACGGAAGCAGCCAUCCAGUUAGGAAAUGAACGUACCAAACUUGAAGCUGAACGGUGGGCGUUUGAAGAGAUGAAAAGACAAGCAAAAUUAUUGGAAAUCAUGGAAACUGUAUCACCUCCACAUGAAACAGCGUCAUCAUCAGCAUCAUCACAAUCCAAAAGGCAACGAUUAUUUUAAUUAGUUUAAUAUAGUUAUACAUCAUAUACCCAGUAUUGUUUUUUAUUUAAAAAACAAUCAUAUUAAUAAACGAUUUCAAGGAAAAUAGAGUUCUAUUUUUUUUAUUGUU